AUGUCAUCAUCUGCGAAAAUCUACUCGGUUAAGUCGGCGGCCAGCGGUAUGAAUAAAAAUGUUGCCGCCUACCGUGCCACACCUCUGAGCACUCGACAAAUCCUCGCCGCAACCGUAACCCUUUCGAUUUUCUCAUUUCUCUACCUGGUUUUUGCUCAAAAACACGCGUUGCUUUUUUAUAUCAUGACUGGCCUAAUCGGGGUCUACAUUCUUUUUGUGUAUGCGUCUGGAAUUGGUGCGGUACUGUAUAUGGUGGCCAGAGAGUAUCCGGAAGACGAGUUUGAUUGUAAAUCCAGCAGUUCCAGUAGUCGAGAGAUGGAGGAGUCGAAAUUUUAA